AUGCCGGGGGGUUAUCUGAUCAAGAACGGCCGCGUCCUGACGUGGGACCGGGAACAAAAGUCGUCGUUCCCGCAGCUGGACAUCCUCGUCGAGGGCAACCUGAUCACCAAAAUUGGGCCGAAUCUCAAUGCUCCGUCGUCCUCAAUCGAGGUCAUCGACGCCGCCGACUGCAUCGUGACGCCUGGCUUCAUCGAUGGCCAUCGCCACGUGUUCCAGUCCCAGCUGCGGUCGACGGUCAGCAACCACACGCUGCUCGAGUACUGCGCGCACCUGCUGCAGGGCCGCAUGACGUUCCUGCAGCCCGAGGACAUGUACCUGUCGCAGCUGUCCGGGGCCAGCGAGGCGCUGUUCUGCGGCGUCACCACCGUCAUGGACCACUCGCACGUGGUGACCACGCCGGCCCACGCGAGCCGCUGCAUCCAGGCCACGCUCGAGUCGGGGAUUCGCAGCGUCUAUUGCGCGUCGCCCUUUACCAUCCCCACGUCCCUCAACCCGCUGACCCUGCCGGAUAUGACCGGCCAUCACGCCGGGCAGAUCGAGCUGUUCAAGACGCUGUGGCGCCAGCGGCCACUCGGCGGACCCGGAAAUGACGGCCGCGUCACGCUGGGCCUGGGCUUCGACACCAUGCACUGGAUCCCCGAGGCCGAGGCGCGCGAGAUCCUCACCUUUGCGCGAGACAACUCCGUCCCUGUGACGUGCCACGACGUGCCGCGCUACAACCUCCCGUCGCUGGCGUUCCUGCGGGACAAGGCCAUGCCGGUACCGCCGCAGGUGACGUUGUCGCACACGUGUGAGCCAUCCGCCGCGGAAAUCGAGUUUGUGCGCGCCCAGCAGAUCGGUAUCGUGUGCACGCCCGAGUCGGAGAUGGCCAUGUCGCACGGGAUCCCGUCGGCAUUCGACUUCCACCGCGCCCCGGGGUGCCGCAUCGGGCUCGGCGUCGACUCGCCGGCCAUCUGCUCAGGCGACCUGUUCUUCACCAUGCGGCUGGCGCUGCAGCAGGAGCGCAUGCGGGCCAACGCCGGCUUCCACGCGCGAGGCAAGCUGCCGGACCUGGUACCCGCGCGCACCGACGAGGUGCUGUACAUGGCGACGCUGGGGGGCGCGGCGGCAAUCCACCUAGAAGAUAAGAUUGGGAGCCUCGAGGUGGGCAAGUGUGCGGACAUUGUGCUCGUGCGCGCCGACACGCCCUCGAUGGUCGGCAGCGUCGAUUUCUCGGCGGCGCUGGUCACCCAUGCCAUGGCGUCCGACGUCGACACGGUGCUCGUCAACGGCGAGGUGGUCAAGCGGGCUGGCCGUCUCACCAAGGUCGACUGGGACGACCUGAAGGGGAAACUGGCCGCCAACCGGGCCGUGCUCGAGGAGAAGUUCCAGAAGGUCGACUGGGAGUGGAACAAGAACGACCUCAAGGACCUGUGGGGGGUGCGAAGUGUGCUGGAGUAG